GAAUGUCGACAUCAUCUUCGUACAUGGACUCGGUGGCUCCAGUCGUCUGACCUGGGCGUGGGAGCGCGAUCUGAGUCUAUUCUGGCCAAAAGAGUGGCUGCCACUCGAGCCCGAAUUGGGUGACGCCAGGAUAUUCUCCUUCGGCUACGAUGCCAACUUUACCAAGUCGACACAAGACACGCUCAAUAUCAAAGCUUUUGCAGAACAGCCCCUGAAUGCCAUGAAGUUCCGAUCAUAUUCGUCGUCCACUCUAUGGGAGGCUUGGCCUACAAUCUCGGCGCUAUCGACGAAAAGUUCAGGCAGAAACCUGGCCGACGUGCUCAGAAAGUUCUUGGCCAUAGUCAUGCAAACUCCGAAACAGUAUAUUAAUGAGCUGCGUCACAACUCUGAGGCGCUGGUGGGCAUCAAUGAACAGUACGUUCAGCAUGCAAGGAACAUGCACCUCGCAUCGUUCCGCGAGACUCAGGCCACCAGUAUCCGCAGUAUCAAAAGUCUCAUCGUCGACGAGUCAUCAAGUAAGCUCAAUUAUCCCAACGAGAUAUGCUGGCCAUUGAAUGCCAAUCAUCACAAUGUCUGCAAGUUUGCGUCUCGCCAGGAUCAAAAUUACAUCAGCGUCAGCAGUGUGAUAAGGGAUUUUGUCAAGCUCGUCACCUCCAAAGCCGCGAUCUCUAUCAGUCGUCGACCUUCGACAGUGCAGAGCUUCGAAUCCAUCCGGAAAAGAUUGUCCGGACUGAUCGAUACGCCAGAGAGCUGCGACUGGAUCCUCGACGACCUCCACUUCCGCGGCUGGCUCUCAGACGACUCACUCGAGCCUUCAAUUCUCAAGCUUUCCGGUUCUCCGGGCUCAGGGAAGUCAGUCAUGGCCGGCUUCCUGGUGACGCACCUCGAGGAAAUUCAGAAGAAUGUUCAAUAUUUCUUCUUUCGUUACAAUGAGGAGGCCAAGCGAUCGAUAGCCGUCUGUCUCAAGAUGCUGGCUUACCAGAUUGCACUUUGCAUGCCAGAGUACCGUCGAAAGAUCUUCCCACUUCUCGAAGAUAAGAAUGCCCUCGCACGAAACGAUGCGAGAGGUGUGUGGCAAAGAGCAUUCGUCAACCUUCUGGCCAAGAUGGAUCUUGACGAGCCCCUCUUCUGGGUCAUCGAUGCUGUGGACGAGUGCGAGUCGGCACAGAUAUUGCUCAACCUCCUGCCUGCGUUGAAGGAGCAAUCGAUCCCCGUGAAGAUCAUCUUUCUUACUCGGCGCCAGGCGUCAUUGAGAGCUUUCGAAAGACUUCGCUAUAAGUUCGGUUCCGAUUUCCGCCAGACUGAAGUGGUGCCUACUCGAGAAGGACAGAAGCUAUUCAUCGAGCAGGAACUGGAAGGUGCAUACGGCGAAUGGCCGCAGAACUUUGUCAACAAUGUCAAGGAUGACUUGCUCCGCAAGUCGAAGGAGAAACAGGUAGAGGAAGUACUGAGCCCAGAGCUCACGGCUCUCAACAUCGAACGGACCGUACACCGGCUUUGCGGAGAUUUGGUAGUUGUCGACGAGAAGAAAGGCAGUGUAUCAGCUGUGCACCAUACAGCGAAAGAGUUCUUAAUACACGACAAAGGUAGUGAACUUGCGAUUGACCCGGCUGAAGCCCACACAUUGAUCUUCGUCAAGUGCCUAGAUAUUUUGAUGGACACGCAAUUCAGAGUUCAUCUGAAAACUCAUGGCUGUGUAGGCGUGCUGAAGUACGCCUGCAUAUUCUGGGCCACGCAUCUUGCCUGCGCCGACCAUCUGAAUCGACAGCAUCUUCGCACCUUGGUCGAAUUCUUUAAAGGAGAGUGUGUGCAAGCCUGGAUCGAAGCGGUGGGCCUCAAUGGCAGCUUGAGCGUCUUGACGAGGACGUCUAAGAACCUAAACCUUUUCGUCAAACGAAGAGAACAAUAUGAGCAAGAAGCUAUCCCUAUGGACCGUUCGAGUGAGGAAUGCGACUUCCUUGCUUUAUGGUCAGCCGAUCUGGUUACAGGGGUCUCCAAUACAGGCUGGGAUGACCUGCUCGCCAAGUUCAAUACCAGCCAGACAAAUCAGCCAGACAUGAUCUGCUGCCUGGACGAUUUCUUCGCUGUCCUGGCCUCGAGUAACACCGUCAACAUGUACUCAACGUCAACGUUCCGCGAAAUAGGGAAAAUUGGACACGGGGAGAUGAUUCUUGCCAUGAAGUUUAGCGAAGACGGUGACCGUCUGGCAACAUGCGGUAAAGACACCGUCAAAAUUUGGGACGUGGAAAGUGGAAAACGUGUAGGCCACUUCCUGAACCCAGAGGGACUCCGCGCAAUGGAUGUCGCAUUUGACAAGAAGUGUUGCAAAGUUCUUGUCUGUUAUGAUGACUCCAGCGUGAGAUAUAUGUCCCUGCUGGGGUACAACGCCUGGCAGACUGUACCAAAAGUGUUGCCCCCCGCUUCAAGGUCAACAUCGGAGCCCAGGUAUGCCACACCCGCGUGCGCGUCCUUCAGUCCUGAUGGGACCCAAGUGGCCAUAUCGUAUCGCGGAAUCAUGCCACUCAGAGUCUGGCACACCGAGACUGGUGUUACGGACAUUGCACUCAGUCCUGUUGGGCGUCGGAUUUACGACCUUCGACAGACUUACUGCCACGUCUGGGAGCCGAAUUCGCUCAUGCGAAUGGCCGAAAUGGACGAUGCCGAUAGCGACUUGGCAGACUCACGACCGGGAUCGACCAGUUUCUCUCUGGUGUCGGAGGAAGAGACGGUGACUGCCAUACUGGACCCCAUCCACUGCCUCGCGCACAGCCGGCACGGCACCUUGUACGCUUACAGCAACAAGGUCGGAAUGCUGAGCGUGGUUCUCGACGCCGAUGCUACCAAGAUUGAAGACCAAGGCGAGACCAUCAUGGGCGUGUCAUGCAUAGCUUGGAGUGAAGAUGGCCAGAUUGCAACGGCGGACAUUGGUGGCAACAUCGUCCUUCGUUCGGUGACAGAGGGCCGGCUCGUGACAAGCGAUCUCAAACUGAAGUCGGCCGAAAUGGUUCGCCAGCUCUUAUUCGACCAUAGCGGGAGAAGGUUGCUGGCGCGGUGCAUUACGUAUAUCGCGGUAUGGUCACUGACGAAUGGGCAAUGCCUAGUCAGUCGGCCGCUUGACAAGUCCUGUCAGUGGAUCUUGCAUCCAUUCCUUCACGAGGCACUGCUGUCCGUCACACCCCGAGAGCUCACUGUUCAUCGUUGGGAAGACCUCGAGUCAGUGCAACAAUGGCACAUCGACUUCCAAGCGGUCGAGUCUGCACAUCAUGACGAUGUUCCGCGGCUUGUACGCUCACCGUCAUCAACGAAAGCGUUGACACGGUUAGAGCUCGAGGCGUCCAUUGACAAAGUUAUGUUUUGCAAGGAAGGACAAUGGCUCUUUGUGCAAAAGUCCACUGCAUCGCCAGACGAGAGGCGAACUUUGGACCUCUUCACGAUGGAUGUGGCGUUCCUUGAACCGGGUCAGGAAGGCCUAGCUUCGCCUGUGAACAGUGUCUCCGCAACGCCGUUACCUCAGCAGAUCCUGCGCGAGAUCGAGGUUCCUUUGGGUUUCGUGGCUGAUCAUGUCGGCUUGAAGAAGACAUUGGGUGUGCCGCGGAAUCUGGAUGGCGCGAGCUCCAUGGCGUUCCUUGGCCGAGACUUUUGGCUAUGCACAUGGUAUCUGAGUGCUGACGCGGGAAAUGUCAAGAUCAGGAAGCACUUUUUCCUGCCACGAGAUUGGAUCAAUAUGGAAUGUUUGGAGCUGGCGAUGAUCACGCACGACGGCAGAUUUUUGUGUCCAAGAAAUGGCGAGCUGGUGGUCGUUUCGAACGGCCUGGGGGGCGGCAGGUAG